AUGGCGGAUAACAUGGUAGGAGCGCUUGUUGGUUCGACGGUAGCCAUGAUAUGUGUCACUACACUGGUUGUCUCGAUACGAAUGGCUGUUAGAACAAGUCUGAGAACUUACGGUCUCGAUGACGUUCUCAUUACCGCUAGUUGGGUUUUCGCGAUGGGCAUGUUCACUGCGACCAUGGUCUCGGCCCAUUCAGGAUUUGGCAGGCAUCGCCAUGAUGUCAGUAUCUUAGAAUACGAGCAGUUCCUCAAAUUGACCAUCGCGACUUCGGCAACGUACAGCUACGGUCUAGCUCUCGCCAAAAUGUCCUUCGCCGUUCUCUACAUACGAAUGCUCCCAGAUCGAAGACUCGUGAUGAUGAACAGGGCCAUAAUUCUAUUCCUCUGCGGUCAGGCCAUCGAAGAGAGCCUCAUUCCAAUACUCCAAUGUAAACCGAUUGCGAAAGCCUGGACGGUAGGUAUGGAAGGGAGCUGUCUUGACCUCCCGGUAUUAUGGUGGAGCGGCUUUGGAUUCAAUCUCUGCACUGACUUGAUCUUAUUCAUACAGCCAGUUCCUACGUUAUGGAAGUUGCAACUGCCGCUAGUGAAAAGACUUGGCCUCAUCGCCAUGUUAUCAUUGGGUUUAUUGGUUGUCGCUAUUUCUGUGAUUCGCAUGCACUCCGUCACCGAGAUGGGAAUUGACGAUACACAUGAUCUCGCAACCCCAAUAUUGUGGUCUGAAGCAGAGAUCAGCACCUUGAUCGUUUGUUCAUGUGUGCCUUCCUUACGAAAGGUUGUCCAAAAGUUGCCAUGCUCAUACCAACCAUUUGGUAUAGCUAGCAUCGACACGCUGCCACGGGGCAUCGAAACCAUUGGCCAAACAAGACGGAAAGCACGACUCACGUCGAAGUACGGCAGCGGCCGUGAAAGAUACUACUCUAUCGGGUCAGGUUCUACAGGCAGGACCCUGAGAUAUCCUUUGAGUGUACUGAGUCGGCCCGGCAAGGCUUCGUCCGACGCAAGAGAGGCACCGCAGGAGACGCUACGCAUCGGUGUCACAGGCGACGUCAAUAGCAUUGCCAUUCUACGAAAACUUGAACUGGAGCUAGACUGCGACGUAGAGCGCAGUGCGGGAGAUACGCUCAACGUACCCGAAGAGACAUACUUUCCAAUGGGGGGAAUUGGGAAUGAAAAAGUGAGAGCCGACGGUACAUAG